AUGGCUCUAACAGAGAUCAAGAAGUCUACGCUAAGUAAACUUCAACUGAUUUUAAAAGGGAUUAUCCUUAUAUCAAUAGCUGGUGCUGCGGUUUCUUCACGUUUAUUUUCAGUUAUUAGAUAUGAAUCAAUUAUUCAUGAAUUUGAUCCAUGGUUUAAUUUUAGAGCUUCAAAAUAUUUAAUUUCUCAUAGUUUUUAUGAAUUCUUAAAUUGGUUUGAUGAUAGAACUUGGUAUCCUUUAGGUAGAGUUACUGGUGGUACUUUAUAUCCAGGUCUUAUGGUUACAAGUGGUACUAUUUGGCAUGCAUUAAGAAAAAUUGGUUUACCAGUUGAUAUUAGAAAUAUUUGUGUUAUGUUAGCUCCUGCUUUUUCAGGUCUAACUGCUUAUGCUACAUAUUUAUUCACAAAGGAAAUUAAAGAUUCAUCUGCAGGUCUUUUAGCUGCUGCUUUUAUUGGUAUUGCACCAGGUUAUAUUUCAAGAUCAGUUGCAGGUUCUUAUGAUAAUGAAGCUAUUGCAAUCACUUUAUUGAUGGCUACUUUUUACCUUUGGAUUAAAGCCUCCAAGGAAGGUUCUGUUUUCUGGUCAGCUUGGGCUGCUGUCUUCUAUUUCUAUAUGGUUUCAGCUUGGGGUGGUUAUGUUUUCAUUACAAAUUUGAUUCCAUUACAUGUUUUCGUUUUAAUUUUGAUGGGUCGUUAUUCUCAUGCUUUAUAUACAUCAUAUUCAACUUGGUAUGCAAUUGGUACUUUAGCUUCAAUGCAAAUUCCAUUCGUUGGAUUCUUACCAAUUCGUUCAAAUGAUCAUAUGGCUGCAUUUGGUGUUUUUGGUUUAAUUCAAAUUGUUGCAUUUGGUGAUUAUGUUCGUUCAAAAGUUCCAUCAAAACAAUUUAAAUCAGUCUUGAUUGUUUCAAUCUUUUUGAUUAUUGUCUUGGGUAUUGCUGCAUUAGUUGGUUUAACUUUAGCUGGAUUAAUUGCUCCAUGGACUGGUCGUUUCUAUUCAUUAUGGGAUACUAACUAUGCCAAGAUCCAUAUUCCAAUUAUCGCUUCAGUUUCUGAACAUCAACCUACUGCAUGGCCUGCAUUUUUCUUUGAUACUCAAUUCUUAAUUUGGUUAUUCCCAGCUGGUAUUUAUUUAUUAUUCCAAGAAUUGAAGAAUGAACAUGUUUUCGUUAUUAUUUAUAGUGUUUUAUGUUCAUAUUUCGCAGGUGUUAUGGUUCGUUUAAUGUUAACUUUAACUCCAAUCAUUUGUGUUUCAGCUGCUAUUGCAAUUUCAAAAUUAUUUGAUGUUUAUUUAGAUUUCUCAGAUUUCUUGAAAAAUAAAGAUGGUGAAACUUUUGUUGCUAAAACUACACCAAUUGAUGAUGAAAAAUUAGAAACUGAAAAUGAUGAAGUUAAACAAGAACAAAAGAAAGCUACCAUUUUCGGAUUAUUAACCAAAUUAACCGUUGUCUUAACAUUUACUUCAUAUUUAUACUUAUUUGUUUAUCAUUGUACUUGGGUUACAUCAAAUGCUUAUUCAUCUCCAUCAGUUGUCUUAUCAUCAAGAGGUCCAGAUGGUUCAGCUCAAUUAAUCGAUGAUUAUCGUGAAGCUUAUUAUUGGUUAAGAAUGAAUACACCAGAAGAUGCUAAAGUUAUGUCAUGGUGGGAUUAUGGUUAUCAAAUUGGUGGUAUGGCUGAUCGUACUACAUUAGUUGAUAACAACACUUGGAAUAAUACACAUAUUGCCACUGUGGGUAAAGCCAUGUCAUCAUCAGAAGAUGUUUCAUAUAAGAUUUUAAGACAACAUGAUGUUGAUUAUAUCUUAGUCAUCUUUGGUGGGUUAUUAGGUUAUUCAGGUGAUGAUAUGAAUAAAUUUUUAUGGAUGGUUAGAAUUGCUGAAGGUAUAUGGCCAGAUGAAGUUAAAGAAAGAAAUUUCUUUACAGAAAGAGGUGAAUAUAGAGUUGAUGAUGAUGCUACAGAAACUAUGAAGAAUUCAUUGAUGUACAAAUUAUCUUAUUAUAGAUUCACAGAUGUUUUCGGUGGUAGAAUUGCAACUGAUAGAGUUCGUAAUCAAAAAAUUACACAAAAAAUUGAUUUGAAUAUUGCAGAAGAAGCCUUCACAUCUGAAAAUUGGUUAGUUCGUAUUUAUAAAGUUAAAGAUUUAGAUAAUGUUGGUCGUGAUUUAAAAGAUGCUACAACUUUUGAACAACAAGCAGCAAGUGGUGUUAAGAAGAGAACUCAAAAACGUCCAGAACUAGACCUUCGUGAAUAA